UUGAAGCCCAUGAAUUGGCUUUCGUUUGAGGAUGAGUGUAAGGAAGUGGUUAAGUAAUAUAAAUGGGCCUCUCCGAACAACUCGAGUUAUUGGGACAAGUUGGUUUAUGACAAAGUUAGGUAGGCUUGGAGGCGAAGUUGGACGGGACCCUCGUCGGUUUCCUCCAGACUUGUCAUAGCUCAAGUCUUACUCAUCACUCACGAUAGUCACCGAACUGCGUGCCGAUGCCACUUGUUACGUAGAUUCGUUGGAUAGAAUCUCCCAUACAACGUGUCUCACAAGAAUCGAACGAUAAGCUAUAGAAAUAUACUUAGGACAAAGAGAAUUAGGGUCAGAACGAUCAGAAAUAGACUGAGAAAAAGAAGAUAGAAGAACGAAUCAAGAAAGUGAUUUGGGUUCCAACCUUCUCAUGACAUUAAACUAAAGAAUGAGUACGUAUUUAUAAGCAUAGAACCUCUCAUUUUUCCUACCUAAAAUAUGACUCCUUAUUUAGCAAGAAUAGAAGAUCAGGGUUAAGGAGGCGUAUGUAGAUGUGAGUCCACAUGCCGAUGUGUUGCCGCCGUGAUCUCGGACGAUGUCAGAGAGGUCGGCAUGGAAUUGCUGGCUAACGACGGUGCAAGUUAAAGGGACGCGUCCAAAGAAAGAAACAGGUCACGAGAACCGUGCCACCGAUUGAGGAAAAAAGGCAGUUGAGAAAGCCAUUUGAAUUUGGUGGAGAGGAAGAGGAGGAACUAGUAAGGGUUUGUUUGAAGCUGAAGAAGGAACAUGUGCAUAAUUGGGAUUUCGAAUCCUAAUAGGAGAAGGAUUAUGUUUGCGCGGUAAGUCUCAACGUUUAAGUUUGGUUGUGUCAAUAAAGCGAAAUGAUGUCAUAUGGUUUAUUAUAUUUUGAGUCCUUAUGUUUUAGUUAGAGUCAAAAGGGUCAUGUUGAUUUGUUUAAGGUUGUUGCAUGUUUACAACAACAUUGAUGUUUGUGGUUGCCGAUUUGUAGGAUGUCUAUGUUAGUGGUUAGAGUCGUGAGGCGAGAUUUGUGGCUGAAGCAUCUGUACAUUAGGUUGAACCCUUCAUUCUAAUAAGGUUUGUCAGAUUACAAACACAUUCGAGUCUUCAUUGUGGUAUCAGACUCGAGCAAGCUACAACCAGAUGCUUUCAAGCGGGCUUUUUGAGUGAUUAGUUGAUAAUGAUUCUGCUGUCAAUUGCAGAUUAGGGGUUGGGAAACAUGAGAGAUUUCAUGAGGUAUUAUUAUUAGGGUGAGUGACAAGAUCUGCUGUCAAGAAGGUAUUGUAAGUCUUUGAGAAUGAGUGAAUUAGGAAUCUUUGUUCAAGUAUAUCUGCCAAGGUUCGAUGGUGAUUAUGGUCACUGGAGUCUCUUGAUGGAGAAUCUACUUCGUUCCAAGGAGUACUGGCCUAUUGUGCAACAAGGAUUUAAAGACAGGAAAGGUGAGGAGCUAUCUAAAUAUGAGACUAAGGCUCUUGAUGAUCUGAAGCUGAAGGGCUUGAAGGCUAAGAACUACCUCUUCUGCUUCAUCGACAAGACUAUCCUCAAUACCAUCUCAAAGAAAGGUACUACCAAAGACUUAUGGGAUUCAAUGAAAGUUAAGUACCAAGGCAAUGCCAAAGUUCAGAAAUCAAAUCUACAUGCUCUUAGUCAGAACUUCGAAAUCAUUGAGAUAAAAGGAGGAGAGUCUGUGACCAAUUACUUCAGUAGGGUCAUGACCAUAUCAAAUGCCAUGAGAAAUUCUGGUGAAGCAAUGACUGAUGUUCAGAUUGUUGAGAAAAUCCAUAGAACCUUGACUGAAAAGUUUAAUUAUGUGGUUUGUUCUAUUGAGGAGUAAAAAAAAUAUUGAAGAACUGUCUGUAGAUGCUCUAAAGAGCUCUCUCAUAGUUUAUGAGCAAAAGUUCUCAAAGAAACUACCUACAGGAGAAGAUCAAGUUCUAAGAACCACUCAUGAGUUUGGUGGUAGAGGAGGAAGAGGCUAAGGCAGAGAUCCUUAUCCUAGUAGAGGAAGGAACUGGAAUAUAGAGCUGUAGAAUGCUUUAAAUGUCACAAACUGGGACACUAUAAGAAUGAGUGCCCAGAAUGAUAUAACAAUCAACAAGUCCACUAUUCUAAUUCCAACUAUGUGCAAGAUCAUUAGUCAUAUGGUGAUAUGAAGGAUGACAUGUUACUCAUGGCUAGAGUUGAUUACAUGUAUGAUGAAGAAGAGAAGGUGGAUGCUGACUUUUGUAGAAGAUCAAUUUGUGAACAAGGACUCAGACUGGUGGUUCCUUGAUUCAGGUUGCUCCAAUCAUAUGACUGGAGAACAAAAGUGGUUCACUGAGAAGAAUUCCAACUUCACCCGCGCCCCCUUUCUCUCUCUGUACUCGGUCGGUCCUUCACCCCACCCCCCCAUCCCCCUCACCAUCUAAUUCCAUCGGCGUUGAUCGUUCCUGAUGUAGAGGCGGAGCACAUGGCGCUCAUCUUUGGUGACAGGACCAGGCUGUUAGUGACGAACGCUGGGGAGUAGGUGAGAGGCGAUGCACUCAGGGGUGACUCCUGUUGGUGGUGGUUUGGGUUAUUACUGUGGUACUGGUUUGGUUUUAUUUUGGUAUUCAUUUUAUUUUGGUAUUGAUUUGGUUUUAUUUUGUUAUUUGUAAGUGUUUUAAUGUGGUAUUGAUUUGUUAUUCAUUUUGGUAUUGAUUCUUUUUGAUGUGCUAUUGGUUGAUUUUAUUUAUUGAUUUUGGUAUUGCUUCAAUUUGAUUCUGAUAUUGUUUUGGUUUGAGUGUAUUUGUAUCGGUAGUGGUUUGAUACUUUUUUUAAGUGGUAUUGGUUUGUGUGUGUAUUCGUAUUGGUAGUGGUUAUCAUGUGUGUUUUCAUAAUGUUAUUGAUUGUCUCGGCUAGUAUAGAUUUUUCGUAUUGGUAUGGAUCUUUCUUGGAUUGUUAUUGAUUUUGUUUAGGUUGAUAUGGAUUUUUUUGCAUUGGUAUUGAUUUUUCUUGGAUUGGUAUUGAUUUUUUUGCUAGGUAGUCGGAGAAAGUACAGAUGGUUACAAUCAAUGAAGCACAAGGAUGAAAGGAUCAGAGGAAGGCAAGGAGGCAAAAUCAGAUAGAGGGUGAGAUAUAGAGCGAAGAGUUUAGUUUUUGUAACAAAUUAUUUCUCCGCUGUAAUUAAUUCGAUAUGAUUAA